AUGGAACGAAGACAACAUCGGACCCGGCAAGUUGGGCGUGGCGGAAUUCCAAAAUCCGGAUUCGGGAACUUGGAGAGCCUUGUAGCGGCCACUGUAUGUUUGGCAGAACUGAGAUAUGAGGAUAACAGGUCUAAUCCAAUAAUAAUAACACAACCCUAUGGUGGACAGAGAAGUAUCGCCUCCAUGGGUGAGAAUCUUGGGAAGAAAACACGGCCUUUUCGACGGAAUCGGCUGAAUACCGCCUCUUCUCACCCACAAAAGUCGAUAUCACCGCAGUCUAUGUUUCCGUAG